GCCGUUUUCUAUUGAUAGUCAUCUUCACUCGGACUUCGGCUUAGUUGGGACCACGCGCGCAAACCUGGAGGGAAGGAAACAAAAAGGAAGAUGACACCGAGAUGAAGAACGACACACUUCAGUCGGCGCUCACCAUCUGCUGGCGAGGACGUGCCCUUAGGCGGCGCUACUUCCUGUCCGUGUUAUUGGACGAGCUUUUGGACUUCCUGCGACGAUGCGUUCACUGACUCACAUGGAGUCCAUCUGGACGAGACUCGGGCUCACGUGCUGCGUCGGACUGAUGAGCACCAGAUGCACGAGGACUCGCCGCUUUCCACUUUCUCAACACUCAGCCAUCUCCAUGUGGUUAUUAGCGAUUCUCUACUAAGGUGACGCAUAGAACUCGGUUGAAAGGUCGCAGGGAGGAACUGGUUCUCGACUGUAGUCCUGACUAUCAAGAAAGACGACGUGAGGAAACACUUAAAGCUACGCAAAGAAGACACCGAGCUCAAGUCCAAUCUUCCAGUGACGAGCCGUCGCUUGGUUCUUUUUCUUGUGUGCUGCGAGCUGAAAUUUGUGUUACGAGCGAGCGUCCCAUCAGCAAUUCAGGUACAAUAGUCAAAAACACAAAUACAAAAUGAAAAGACUCCCGAGGAUUGGAAUUAGUUUGAAUAUGAACUCAUUCACUGCUUUUCUCAGCGGGUUGUCGUGCAAGAGUGUCUCGCCCAGUCGCCCUGUCUGUGAACAUCAAGUUUGUAAAGCAGCGUGAUGACUAACACGUCCCUGUAGAUGGUGAUGUCGCGUCACUUUCGGACCUACUUACUCGCUUGAAGUCUCGGCGCCCUUCGCACAAUGCUCAUUGCACCGGACUAUUGCGAGAUUAGUCAUUCAAACUGCUCCAAGUGCUCGAGGACUCGGCAUGUUUUUGCACAAUUGUCAAAAAUACCAGACAACUAGUAACCCUUUAUUGCUCAGUGACUGUUUUUCUCAAUGUCUUGUUUAUGUCUUCUCCAAAGCGUUCCGUGUCAACUGACUGUCCGUUGUCGUACUCGAGCGGCUCCAAAUGCCGGAGACAAAUUCCUAGUGUGUUUUUUUGGACAUGCUUGGCAAAUAAAGACGAUUCUGAUUCUGAUUCGAGAUUUGCGCAGUUUUUGAGUCGAAGAUCAAAUUCGACGGCGAAUCUCGGCUUGUCGCGUCGAUGGUGAGGGAGAGAAAUGCCAAAAUGUUGGAAGUCGGACAAGUUGAGGCACCUCACAAACAGAGCGCGUCCAGUACGUGUACGGUAUCAACCCAGUAUGUGUCGUGGUAGCUAGUGGAAAGUGUGAAAGAAGAAAAGAUGGCACCGUUCGGGGAGCGAAAAGCACGUAAAAAAGCAGCCGACAUUCAACUCGCCCAAGCGGUGAGUCAGCGUCGCUCACGCUGCGUUUUAGUUGUAUACAGAAUGUGGAAAUAAAUGAUACUUUUGCCAUUGAAAUCCAUUUCUGUCUUGUUUUUGUUGUUUUAGAGUCUGAGGGGUGGCAAAUGCGAAAAAUAUUAGCAUCAAAGUCACUGUUGGUGCCUGAAAUGUUGCUUUUCACCCAAAGCUCGUUUUCUCCGCUUUUUGCUCAGCCAAAGUGUUUUGGUGAAAGCAGCCCAUGUUGUGCUGCUGACGACGAAAGAAGGGAAAACGCGAGGAGCUAACUUUUUUUUUUUCCUGGCGAAAGAAGCGAGUCUCCUCUUUCUUCUGCUCGCUCGGGUACUUAUAUUGUCGCAGCGCUCUCCAAAGGUCUGUGAAAAUGCCUUGAAAACAGCUGCCAGCGAGCAAAUAGCGACCAUUCCAAUUCCUACGAGUGGAAACAAGCUGCGGACGUCACCGCGCCUGCGGCGAGCGUCCGAGCGUGGCUUAAGUUAUUAAAAGUGAGCAGCUUUAACCAUUGGUCGCCGACAUCGAAGGUCGGCUUAAUUCCCGUCCGGCUGUCGCCGCCCGCGCUCAUCAUCCCUCGCAUUUCAUCUCUGGCCGAACGCCGUCUCGCAGGGCCCCGGACGCCUCCCCCCCCCCGCGGACCCUCGGGUCGCGCUAUGAAGCGUCGGCAUGGGUUUUAUGGAAUUCUACCUGGAGAUCGACCCGGUCACGCUCAACCUGAUCAUCCUGGUGGCCAGCUACGUCAUCCUGCUCCUGGUCUUCCUCAUCUCCUGCAUCCUGUACGACUGCCGGGGGAAGGACCCCACCAAGGAGUACGCCCCCGACAACGCCGCGCCGCCCCCCGGCCAGUCGCCCAUUCGCCUGGUGGUCAUGCAGAACUCGCCCGCCUCCGCCCGUUACGAGCCCGACCGCGCGGCCGAGCCGCAGACGCCCGACCUGAGCCGAGAUCGGGAGAAGAGGAGCACGCUGGUGUGAGGGGAACGAAAACCCAGAGCGGCCCCGGGACCCUCCCGUCAUUUUCCGCCGUCCCGCUUGGUGCGCAUUGAAGCGGGCUUUUGUCUCGCUCAGCCCGCUGGGAAAAACAAAGACUACAACUCCCACAAUCCAAUACAACUCUUCCUUAACCCCGCCCCCUCACUUUGGGGUUGGGUGGGUGGGGGGGUCAUGUGACCAAUUUGUCACAGGAAGGAAGUCGGACGGCCUUGCUGAGUUCCUGCUGGCUUGUGUUGGACCAGGAAGUAACCCUAUUUGGACACCUUUCACCUAAUCAGUUCUUUGUUUUGAUGCUAGCCGAAUGCUAACGUAUGCUGUUAAUUGAGCUAGCAUGUUGUUAAAAGUCUAUUGAUGGAAUAUUGAUUUUUUUAUGUUAUUUUUUGUUUGUACUUAUUUUUGACAGAACAUUGGUUUGAAAUGAGAAUGAGGGUUUAAAAAAAAAAAAGAUGUUUUGUCAUUUCAGAGUUAAAAAUGGCAAAAGUAGCAACUGAAAGUUACCCACGAGCUGCCAAUGAAAGCUUCAUAGCUGGCUAAGUUAGCCCAGCCAAUGAGAGUUGAGCUUGUGUUGGACCCGAGCAAGUGGACCAGGAAGUGACCAUAUUUGGACAUGUUUCAGGGCCUCAGCUGUUAGAUUUGAUGCUAGCCCAAUGCUAACAGUUGUAAUUAACAGAGCUAGCACAUUGUUAAGAUUUAUUGACAUCGUACUGAGUUUAAGUGAAGAUUAAGUGGGAAAAGAAUGCUGAAACAUUUUCGACAUUUAGCCAGAAAGUUGCAAGUAACAUUCUAGCCAGAAAGCUAAAAGUAAGAUGUGUGAGUUAGCCACUACUAGUCAAGGUUUCUUGACAGAAUAUUGACUUUUAAUGAGGAUUAGGUGGAGAAAAAACAAACAGCUUUUCCAUUUUUGCUGGAAAACUAAAACUAGCAUAUCAUUUCGCCAUGUUUCAGCACCUCAGCUGUUUGUUGUGAUGCUAUCCGAUGCUAACGUUCGAUAUUAAUUGAGCUAGUACGUUAAGGUUUGUUGACAGAAUAUUGGGAUUAAAUGAGGAUGAAAGAGGGGAAAACAGACAUUUUAGACAUCUUAGUUGGAAAGCUAAGCCGAGAAUGUCCGAAUAUUGGCCAUAAAUGAGGAAAGACCAUCUAGAAGUUAGCAGGAAAGAGCUAAAAGCAGCGCAUGUGAGUUAGCCACUCGCUGUUAAUGAAAGCUUCACAUUCGGUUGAACAGUUAACCAAACAAAACAAGCUUGACAUUAAUAUUAAUGAAGUGUGUCUAACUUAUUUGAAGCUAAUCAAACAUUUCCCUACAUCAGUUUCUUGUCUACAGUCAACAUUGCUGUUUUUUUCCCAAACAAACAACACAAACUCUUCUUUUUCCCCCCACCCCCUGCUACUAAAAGCGGCUUAAUCUGUGUAAAACAAGCUAAAAAGUCCAUCCAUCCAUUUUCUUUACCACUUAUCCUCACGCGGGUCACGGGCUGCCGGAGCCUAUCCCAGUUAUCUGCGGGCGGGAGGCGGGGUACACCCUGAGCUGGUCGCCAGCCAAUCGCAGAGCACAUACAAACAAACAAGACAUUCGCACUCACAUUCACACCGACGGGCAAUUUAGAGUCCUCAAUUUAGAGUCCUCAAUCGACCUAUGUUUUUGGAAUGUGGGAGGAAACCGGAGUGCCCGAAGAAAAGCCACGCAGGCACGGGGGACAACAUGCAAACUCUGCACAGGCGGGGCCGGGGAUUGAACCCCGGUCCUCCGAACUGCGAGGCAGACGCUCUAACCAGUCUUCCACCCCGUGCCGGCAGCUAAAAAGUCAAAAGUAAAAAAAAGAUAAAAAGGGGAUAAGGUGGACAAGAGGCUAAAAAAAGGACAAAAGAAAGAUAAAAAGGAAGUUGUUUUUGCGCAACGACGGCGACGCCAAAUCCUCUUACGUAAAGCAACCCAGUGCGGCCUGUCAAUCAUCCAUCAGAGGAAUUGCACAAUUAUCCGCCUGCCUGCGUCCAUAUUCCAUGUUUGUGGAUUACAUUCUGCCUGCUAAGUAUUCGCAGCGCGUAUUAAAAAUGUGUUUGUGCUUUUUUGUGCGUCCGGGGGCUUACGUAAAGCUUUGCUGGCCCACAAACACGCAAACCUCAGCAACGGUGGUGGUGAUGAUGAUGAUGAUGAUGAUGAUGAUGACGACGACGACGACGGUGACGACGGCGCACGUAAUCCCGCCUCAGGACGCUUGAUUUCGUGUACUUUCUUUUAAUUUGAAGUGUUUGAUUGUAUUUGUCAUGUUCGAUUGACACGGCAAAAUGAUGGAAAUCAAUUAAAGGCCCAUGAUGAUCACAAAAUA